UUCCCCGCCGCGUCCCGCUCGGUCUCCGUCCCGCGCCUCCAUCCCUCCCAGCGCUGUGCCAUGCUGCUGCGGGGCUGCGGUGCCGAAGGGCCGCGGGGGCGGCUGGCGCUGCUGCUGCUGCUGCUGCUGGCCUGCGCCACGCGGGCCUCCGAGAUCACCUUCGAGCUGCCCGAUAACGCCAAGCAGUGCUUCUACGAGGAGAUCGCCCAGGGCACCAAGUGCACGCUGGAGUUCCAGGUGAUCACUGGAGGCCAUUAUGAUGUUGACUGUCGAUUGGAAGAUCCCGAUGGCAUUGUGUUGUACAAAGAGAUGAAGAAACAAUAUGAUAGCUUCACAUUUACUGCAUCCAGGAAUGGAACAUACAAAUUCUGCUUCAGCAACGAAUUCUCUACAUUCACACACAAAACUGUGUACUUUGAUUUCCAGGUUGGAGAAGAUCCACCGCUGUUUCCUAGUGAAAACAGAGUGACUGCACUUACCCAGAUGGAGUCUGCCUGUGUUUCAAUUCAUGAAGCUUUGAAGUCUGUGAUCGAUUAUCAAACUCACUUUCGACUGAGAGAAGCGCAGGGCCGCAGCAGAGCUGAGGAUUUAAACACAAGAGUUGCUUAUUGGUCGAUAGGGGAAGCAAUCAUUCUUCUUGUUGUUAGUAUCGGGCAGGUAUUUCUCCUCAAAAGCUUCUUCUCGGAUAAAAGAACCACAACAACUCGUGUUGGAUCAUAACUGGUAGUGAUAGUGCUUCAGGUCAUUAUGCACUAUUAAUCUGCAAAGUUGUUAUUCUCCGAUUAAUUUUAGGUACAAAGGAUCUAAAUAUGUGCAGCAUUCAAGUGUGUCUACCCAUCAUCUAUUAGAAUCACAAAACAGACACAAAAAGUUAUAGAAGGGACACAUGAUGACAUUCAGAAAAAAAAAAAACAAAAAGCCUUCUGCUUUCUGAUUCCUCUAUUAAACAUUUGCAUUGGCCAGCCUAUCUGUCUUUUACUUACUUUAAUCCAAAUUCAGUUUGUUUGUUUGUUUUUUAAACAGGGAAUUUAUCUGCAGUAUAAAACUUGAUAAGAACCAAGCAAUCAAAUGUCUGAUAUGCAGAAGCAAUGCAUAUAAAGAUUGUGGUUUGAUUAUAAUUUCCAGGCUGAGUGGAUUGCAUUAUAAACAAGCAAACGCAAUGAACUGUAAUGCUGUUUUGAUUUGCUGGGUUUUUUAAAAAAAAAAAAACAAAAAAAAACUGCUUACAUCCUUUGCUUAUUUGUUAAUCUGUUGCAAGUGUGACACUACAUCAUGGCUCAUUCUCGGUCAGCCUGGUAAAUCUCCACUUUGAAAACAUGCUAAAUUUUAUAGUUGAGUGCAUUUACUUAAGCAUGUAUUCUUCUAUAGUAAGGUAGAAUGUUUUUCCUCUUUUGUGAUGUUUUGUUUUACUGAAGAGAUUUCAAACUGAGACUGCUCAGGAAGUAGAUUUUCUGUCUUUAAAAAUCCAAAUCUCCAAAUUUAUUUUAAAAACUUGCAAUAAAAUAGAGCUGUAACUUUGUCACUGAAGCUGUGCAGUGUCUGGGCACACGUUGUUGCUGCUUUUUGGAUUCAAGACCAGAGGUCGCUUGGUUUGUUAUGCAGCACAGCACCAGCACUGGCCAAGGCUAUAUUACAUGUGAGGCACAUACUGAGAUUUUUUCCAAAUUGUUUUCCUGUUCAGAGGCCGAUUUGAUAUUGAUACUGCAUUGCACGUGUGCUGUAAAUUUUAUUUCCUUGUGUGUGGUGCACUGAUACAGUAUGGCCUUGUGCAUCUGAUCGCCACUCUUUUCUGCUAGUGGUCAGAAAAUGUUUUAAAUAUUUCAGGUUAUCUUUUGGUAGAGUUAAUAGCCGCGUUGUUUCCACUGCUCGUGUAGUGAGUAGCUUAUGUACUGUAAAGUCUUGCUUUAUUUGGAUGUGGAAGGAAAUAAGUGUAUGAACGUAUAUGUAGCUGAGAUUGAACUGGUCAACUCCUUCAGGUGUGUCAGGAGGAGUAAGUAGACUGCAACUUGUAAAUGCACACAAACUAAACUAAGGUGGGAAAAAAAAGUUGUAUUACUGACUAAUUCAAAAGAUGCUUCUUAAACUAAUUUUCAACAACCAGAGAAAGAAUGCUGUAUCCUCAUUCACAGCCCAUGUUAUCUCCAGCAAAAUGUUGAAAGUGACCCCGAAGCAUUCUGAAGAACUGACCCAGGGUAACUUCAUUUUAAAUGUUGUAUUCAUUGAAAAAUGAAAUAUGUACUCAUCUCUGUUCCGGAGAAAACUUCCUCAGAAACCAAAACAAAUAACCAAACAAAAAACCCGAAGGAGCUCAAAAAUAAGUUAACAGGUCAUGGAGGUACUAAAAUGCUCAAUGUAUGUAAAAUUCAGGAUUCUGUGUACUGUCUUGUACUGGAAUUCAAAUACUGCAUUCUCCUUUUGGAAUGAAAGAUUCCAAGAUUUGGAAUGAAAGCUUCCAAGCUAAAUUCACAAAAGUCAGAAAGCAAAAAAAAAAAAAGUAUUCCUUUUUUUGAGACAGAUAUGUGCCUAUGCACUGUGUUCUUAACCAUACCUAUGUGUGUGUGCUUCUGAUACUCUGUAGCUUUUGGCUGCUUUGCACUCAACAGUGAAGCAAGUUCUGCGCUUUGGGUGCAAGUAUCGGAUGAAAACAUGAGUUAAUUACCAAAUUGUCUUCUAUAAUCUUCCAAAUUUUGAAUAUCACUUCUGUAGUUUUAAUCAAAACAAAGAUAUUUGUUUUAAAGAUUGAAUUUUUUUUUCCACUGUGUUCUGUGUGCUAUUAAAAUGGCUAAGCAGUGGGGUAAACCAAACACUGGUUGUCCAUUGUAUACAUGUCUGUUCUUUCAUAAUGUUUGAAUGUGUAAGGUGGGACUGUUCUGCUCAAUAUUGUGCCCACUGCAGAGGUUUCGUGGACUUGACCUUUUCAUUGAAAUUAGUUAUCUGAACCAGUCCUUUGAUAUCUUGCUACGUAAUAUGCAGCAAUAGCUUAAAAUGCCUUUAUUUUGUCGUAUUAAAAACAUGGCACGGGCACCCAUUUAAACAUAGCUGUAUAUAGUUUUUAAAAUGUGACUGAAUAGGAUAUAAUAAAACACAUGCUAAUAUGCAGUGAGUGAAGAAAUGCUUUGUGACUUUUUAUUUGAGCUGCAUCUUUUCAUAUAUGAAAAGAUAGCUUGAUUAAUGGUGUCAUACACAAGUAAAUUGCCAUGCAUUAAUGGGGAUACAACUGUGUUUUUUAACUGCUAAAGACCCUGGUUUUCAGCUAUUCCUUCAGUGUUUUGUGUUUACGCAACUUCUUUUCGUGUUGUGAAAUGUCAGUUUUUGAUUUAGCUUGGAAAAAAAAGAGUUUGAGUAAGACAAGAAACAGACUCUGUGAAUACUGUAUGGGAAAAUAAAAAGUUAAUAUAUGA